CCCGAGGCGACCGUCCUGCAGAUUCUGGGACGGAAACCCCCCCCCAACAUCGAAAACGGAGGAAACAGCCAGCCAUUGAACAUGGACGAAGGAAUUCCUCAUUUGCAAGAGAGACAGUUACUGGACCAUAGGGAUUUUAUAGGCCUGGACUAUUCCUCUUUGUAUAUGUGUAAACCCAAAAGGAGCAUGAAGCGAGACGACAGCAAGGACACCUACAAAUUGCCGCACAGAUUAAUAGAAAAGAAAAGAAGAGACCGAAUUAAUGAAUGCAUUGCUCAGCUGAAAGACUUACUGCCUGAACAUCUGAAAUUGACAACCCUGGGGCACCUGGAGAAAGCCGUAGUCUUGGAAUUAACUUUGAAACACUUGAAAGCGUUAACAACCUUGUCGGAGCAACAGCACCAAAAGAUAAUUGCUUUACAGAAUGGGGAGCGAGCUCUGAAAUCUCCCAUUCAGGCCGACUUGGAUGCGUUCCACUCGGGGUUUCAAACGUGCGCCAAAGAAGUCUUGCAAUACCUCUCCCGCUUCGAGAGCUGGACCCCCAGGGAGCCGCGCUGCGUCCAGCUGAUCAACCACUUGCACGCCGUGGCCACCCAGUUCCUGCCCACCGCUCAGCUGUUGACUCCACAGGUCCCCCUGGGUAAAGGCCCGGGGAUGCCCUCCUCCUCCUCCUCCUCCUCUUCCUCCUCCUCCUCCUCCUCCGGGGCCGCCCCGUGCUCGGAGCGCGCGGCGGCACCCAAGCUGGAGCCGCUGGCCCACUGCGUGCCGGUCAUCCAGAGGACUCAGCCCAGCGCCGAGCUGUCCACCGCCGCCGCCGCCGCCGAGAACGACACGGACACGGACAGCGGCUACGGCGGCGAGGCCGAGGCUCGUCCGGAUCGUGACCGGGGAGGCGGCGGCGGUGGCGCGGGGACGAGCCGCGUCACCAUCAAGCAGGAGCCUCCUGGGGACGAGUGUCCUCCGGCGCCCAAGAGGAUGAAGGUGGAGCUGCGCGCUGGCGCCGGCGGCGGCGGCGGCGGAGGCGGAUCGGCGGCCGCGCUGCUGGGAACCGAACCCGGGGCGGCCGCGCUGCUGCGCCCGGACGCCGCGCUGCUGAGCUCGCUGGUGGCGCUGGGCGCCGGGGGAGGCUCGCCGUUCGCGCAGCCCGCCGCCCCCUUCUGCCUGCCCUUCUACUUCCUCUCGCCCUCCGCCGCCUACAUGCAGCCCUUCCUGGACAAGGGUGGCCUGGAGAGGUACCUGUACCCGGCCGCCGCGGCCCCCUUCCCGCUGCUCUACCCGGGCAUCCCCGCCGCCGCCGCCGCAGCCGCCGCCGCCGCCGCCGCCUCGACCCUGCUGGCGCACGACGUGGCGCCCCCCGGGGGGCCCCUGGGCCGCGCCCGCCUGCCCUUCGCGGGGGACCCGGACAGCAUCGGUCACGAAGACCCCUCGCAGCCGGCCAAAGAGGGCCCCUGAGUCCCCUGCAAAAUCCCUUCCUUUAGGAAGGACCCAGGUCGUUCCCCCCACCACCACCACCCACCCACCCACACAUACACCCCCUCCCAGAUACCCACGUUCAGACGCCCCUAGGUGUUGCUAGGAAGGAUGCAUCCUCCUGCGAUCCCUUCCCUUAGAAAGGACCCUGGUUUCCCCCCAUACCCUCUCCCCCCCAC